GUGUUGUUGUGUUGGUGUCAUGUUGUGGGUUAAAUUAUAAUAUUAUUUUUAUAUAAAUAUGGGUAAGCAAGUUGGAGGGUUUGUAGAUUUGGUUUCAACUUUAAAGUUGAUCUUAAACAGUUAAACUCCAGAUGUUUUAUGUUGUUUUUUGAAUAAUAGCAGUUUUAUAGAUUUUUUUUUUUUUUUUUUUUUUUUUUCAAAUGUAUCCAAAAGAAGAGAAGGUUGAUGUGAAUGAUCUGGAAGUUUAUGGGGUAGAUGAGCAGCAGAAGAAAAGUAGUGGGUUAGAUGCAAUGGGUACAACUAUGAUGACGAGUGGUGAUGAUCAAAGAGGGAUGUGGGAGAUUGAUGUGAGAGCACCGCAGCAGAAUCUGCUUCAUGAAAUGAAUGAUCCAUCCAUGUUUUAUAAUGAUCAGUUUCCUCUGAUUCCAGAUUUUCCAUGCAUGUCGUCUUCGUCGUCGUCCUCGUCGAAUCCGGCACCCGCGAAGCCGAUUUCGUCGACGACGACUACGUCUUCGGCGUCCUCGGUGUCGUCGUCGACGUCCUCGGCGGCUUCGUGGGCGGUUUUGAAGUCGGAGUAUGUUACGGAGGAGGAAGGUGAUGGGAAUGGGGAGGAGAGGGUGGAGGAGGUUAGUGGUGAGAGGGGGAGGAGUGGAGGGGUUCCGGUGGUGUCAGCGGCGGCGACGACGGAGACGGUGGUGGGUGGAAGUGGUUUGCAGUUGGAGACGGUGGGUGGGAGUGGGACUAUUGAUUGCAUGGAUGUAAUGGAGAAUUUUGGGUAUAUGGAUCUCAUUGAUGGGAAUGAGUUAUGGGAUCCGUCUUCGAUUUUCGAGCAAAGCGCGCCCGAUUUGCAACCGGAGAGUGAGGUGGUGCAAGAGAGUGGGAUGAAAGAUGGUGGUGGUGGUGGUGGCGGUGGCGGUGGAGGGUUGGAUGAACUCGGGGAGAUGUUCUUCGAUUGGUUGAAAUCGAAUAAAGAAUCGAUAUCCGCGGAAGAUAUGAGAAACAUUAAGCUCAAGAGAUCCACGGUUGAAAGUGCUUCGAAAAGAUUAGGAUCUUCAAAAGAAGGAAAAAAACAAUUACUCAAGUUAAUUCUCGAGUGGGUGCAACAGCACCAACUCCAGAGAAAAAACAGUGGUGGCGGUGAAGGCGGUGAAUUACUCACCGCCACCUCUAAUCCCACCGGUCAUUACCCUUUACAACAGUUCCAAGGGUUACAGUCGCAGGCAUCAAUUCCUGCGACUGUAGCAUCAAUGCCUGCGACUGUAGCUCCACCACCUUUUAACUGUAGUUCGUGGGUUCCACCUGGUGAGAUCAGCAAUGCAUUCUCACCAUCGUGGAUCCCGCCUUAUCCGCCCUACGUGGCGGAUCAGGCGGGAAACGGGAUGGCUAUGGUGGCGCCACCAGUGCAGCCACCAUCAACGUUUUCUUAUUUGGGUGGGGAUUACACUUCGGGUUUGAAUAGUCAGAUGAACCCGUAUAAUAAUACGGGUUAUACGGUGGGUUCUGCUGACUACCAAGUUCUUGAAUCCGCACCCCCAUGGAACCCGUCACAGAUUACCAUGGCAGCAUCACCUUACAAUAAUCAGUUUCAUGACAUGGGCAACCGUUAUGCUCCACCGCUUAUGCCUCUAGCUCCUUGUUACCCUGAUCAGUACCCGUUUAACCCGGCUGUUUACGCCGCUGGUGGCGGUGAUGACCAGCGGUUAAUGGGGUUAGGUUCGUCCGCGACUAAAGAAGCCCGUAAGAAAAGAAUGGCAAGGCAACGACGGACUUACUUCCAUCACCAUCACCACUCGAGACAAAACCAAAAUAGUCAUCAGAAUCAUGUGGCAAACAAUGAUCACAAUUCACACCCAAUGCUGGUUGAUGAUAAUUCCGGAAAAUCGCAUGGAGGGAACUGGGUUUACUGGCCCUCACCACCGUCUCCGAACACUGUCCCGCUGGAAGCACCACAGCGGACGUCCUCUCGGCCUGUUCCGUCCUGUGACCGUUUGUCGAAACAAACUUCUUGUGACAAACGUCAGGAAUUAAAGACCGAGAAGAAUUUGAAGUUUUUGCUCCAGAAAGUAUUGAAGCAAAGUGAUGUUGGAAGUCUUGGCAGGAUUGUGCUGCCAAAAAAAGAAGCUGAGAGUCACCUCCCGGAUCUCGACAGUAGGGACGGAGUUUCAAUCGCUAUGGAGGAUAUCGGGACGUCUCAAGUGUGGAACAUGCGAUAUAGUCUCAGGUUUUGGCCAAACAACAAAAGUCGGAUGUACCUCCUUGAGAACACAGGUGAUUUUGUGAAAGCAAACGGGCUCCAAGAGGGCGAUUUCAUUGUUAUAUACUCGGAUGUCAAGUGUGGCAAAUAUUUGAUUAGGGGAGUGAAGGUACGACAACCCGCCACUGGAAAAUCAGAGGGCAAAAAGCCCGUCAAGCGAAGCUACCGAAGCCUCUCUCAAUCCGCAAGAAGCUCUCCUUCAUCGCCAGCAAAAAUAGCUGCGAUUUAAAACCGCUAACAGCAUUGUAACCAUCAUAUGGACCAUAAAGCUUCUUCCUUUUGCGGUUAAUAUUAUCCACUGACCAAUAUAUCGGCUUAUUAAGCUGAUGAGUGAUGUUGUUUUGCCGUGUGUUAGAUUGAAGGGUUUCAGUCUUGAUGUGUUUUUAUUAAGGUUUGUUUGCUAGAGGUCGCUUUCCGUGAUAUCUAGUUGAUCGUCGUUAUGUGUAACUUCAUGAUAACUACAUAUUAUGUAUUUGGAUGAGUAUGUAUAGUUGAUCAUAAAUGUGGUUUGUAAUGUCCAAGGUUGAUCACGUCCCCCUGGACCAUGGAUGGAGUAACUUGGU